AUGUAUUCGUACGCGGUCCGAGGUAGACGUCGACGUACCAGGAGCGCAGGACACGGACGUUGUGGCCGCGUCGGGCCGUCGACGGUGGCCGUCGCCGCCGCAGCGCACACCGAACCUCAUGUUCUCCUGGUCAGAAAUAAAAUUCCCGUUUCGAUGCCGACCCCAGCCGAGAUCGUAGAGACCGAGAUCUUGUUUUUAUUUGCUUUUAAAAAAACCAAAAUGCCAUUAAAAGAAAAAAUGAAUUCUGGCUCUGUAACCGACGACCAAAAACAAACCAUUAUGAAAAAUGCAUUGCAAUAA